CAGAACACUAAUGACACCCAUGACUCCCAAAGUAGAGCCCUCCUGUGCGAGCUCCUCUGCUCCAUGAUGUGGAGUGUCUAGGAGGCUCAGGCGGCUGCGGGAAUGGGAGCACUGUGCCGUGCCUGGCAGUGGAUUUGGGGGAAGUUUCUGCUGUUCUCAUUGGUUCUUCCUUUGACCCGCUUAAUCAGUGCAGGAGUCUCGUGGUUUGGAAUUAGCCCCUGUUUCAUCUGUGCAGCUGCCCCUCCCUUUUCUGGAUACAAAGGAUUAACCCUGGAAAACAAUCUUUAGAGCAGACCGCAAAGCUGUGGUUCUUCUUCGGAACCAGUCUUGAUUCGUUGUGGGAGGGCACAGCUGGAGGGUUGGGUGUCCUGUCCGUCAAGUGCCAGCGGGAGUGCAUAUCCGUCCACGUGGGCCAAGCUGGGGUUCAGAUCGGCAAUGCCUGCUGGGAGCUCUUCUGCUUGGAGCAUGGCAUCCAGGCCGAUGGCACCUUCGGCACGCAGGCCAGCAAGGUCCAUGAUGACGACUCCUUCACCACCUUCUUCAGUGAGACUGGCAAUGGGAAGCACGUGCCCCGGGCUGUCAUGGUCGACCUGGAGCCCACUGUGGUGGAUGAGGUUCGGGCAGGAACCUACCGCCAGCUCUUCCAUCCAGAGCAGCUGAUCACAGGAAAAGAGGAUGCAGCUAACAACUAUGCCCGGGGCCACUACACCGUGGGCAAGGAGAGCAUUGACCUGGUGUUGGACCGCAUACGGAAGCUGACAGAUGCCUGCUCUGGCUUGCAGGGUUUUCUCAUCUUCCACAGCUUCGGGGGUGGCACCGGCUCUGGCUUCACAUCUCUGCUCAUGGAGCGCCUCUCCCUGGACUACGGCAAGAAGUCCAAGCUGGAGUUUGCUAUCUACCCAGCCCCCCAGGUCUCCACGGCCGUGGUCGAGCCCUACAACUCCAUCCUGACCACGCACACCACACUGGAGCACUCGGACUGCGCCUUCAUGGUGGACAACGAGGCCAUUUAUGACAUCUGCCGGCGCAACCUGGACAUCGAGCGGCCCACCUACACCAACCUCAACCGCCUCAUCAGCCAGAUCGUGUCCUCCAUCACGGCCUCCCUGCGCUUCGACGGGGCCCUCAACGUGGACCUCACUGAGUUCCAGACCAACCUGGUGCCCUACCCCCGCAUCCACUUCCCCCUGGUCACCUACGCACCCAUCAUCUCUGCUGAGAAGGCCUACCAUGAGCAGCUUUCCGUGGCCGAGAUCACCAGCUCCUGCUUCGAGCCCAACAGCCAGAUGGUGAAGUGUGACCCCCGCCACGGCAAGUACAUGGCCUGCUGCAUGCUCUACCGGGGGGACGUGGUGCCCAAGGAUGUGAACGUCGCCAUUGCCGCCAUCAAGACCAAGAGGACCAUCCAGUUUGUAGACUGGUGUCCCACAGGCUUCAAGGUGGGCAUCAACUACCAGCCCCCCACGGUGGUGCCUGGAGGGGACCUGGCCAAGGUGCAGCGGGCCGUGUGCAUGCUGAGCAACACCACGGCCAUUGCCGAGGCCUGGGCCCGCCUGGACCACAAGUUCGACCUCAUGUAUGCCAAGCGGGCAUUUGUGCACUGGUACGUCGGAGAGGGAAUGGAAGAAGGAGAGUUCUCCGAGGCCAGGGAGGACCUGGCUGCCCUGGAGAAGGAUUAUGAGGAAGUGGGGACUGAUUCGUUUGAGGAAGAGAACGAAGGGGAGGAAUUUUAAAUACAGAUGUUCCUCUUGG